GCAGUAAUUAUUAGUAUUUGAGAAUGAAUUUUGUGAGACCUUUGACUUUUGAAAUCCUCGAAAGCUGUUCCGAUCUCAAAGAAUUCAUAUGUUUGGAGAUUGGGCGGUUCUUACAUCACAUUACACCCCCUGGAAUCUCGCUUCCUCCUCAACAAAGCAGAGCACACACUGUAACAAUAAUUUCUCCCAUUUUAAUAAUUCCUAUAAAAAAUGCUUGACAAUUUGCGAUGCCCUAGGGUUUGUGUACAAUUACUGGGGGGGUAUUACUCAGAUCCACGCCUUCUUGUGAUUCCUUUGCGUGCUUUGGGGAAAGCUUCAAGUUGCACUGAAACUCACGCCUUCCGCGCUUGUGUGAGGGCUUUUCGUCGUUUCUUAUUUUGCUGUCUUCAUAAUGAUAAAUCGCUCCAGGGCUUGAGGGAAGAGAAACUUACCUUAUUUUUGCUGAUUGGCGCAGUUUGGAAGGUAAGGCUCCAUGUCGUCUGAAAUUAAGCUGGAGUCAAUUGUCUGCAAGAAUGGAGAGGAACCAGCAUUAAACCACUUGGAUGGCGAUGGAUCGUUUAGUCAUAGAAAGAAUGAGGUCCACAAGAUACAAGAUGGUUUUCGUAGUCAUGGAGACUGGUCAGUUAGUGAUUCACCAACAACAGCAGAGCGCAGGGCAGCAGCAAGUCACAGGUUUUUCAAAGGGAACCGUGCAGCGUUAGGUGAAAUUGUGAGUCUUCUCUUCAAUGGAAAUGAGAAACAGGUGCAUGGAUUUGGAAGAAAAUCUGGACCUCUAGUAGCUGGGACUGCUUAUUGCCUUUCUUCUUGCAGCAUGAUCUUACUGAACAAAAUUGUCCUAUCAAGCUAUGCUUUCAGUGCUGGAAUUUCACUUAUGUUUUACCAGAAUUUUAUCAGUUCUCUUGUUGUUGUUGUUUUGGGUCUCUGUGGAGCUGUUUCAGUGGAAAAGCUAAAUUGGAAACUUAUUAAAGUCUGGAUUCCUGUUAACUUAAUAUUCAUUGGGAUGCUUGUAUCAGGCAUGUACAGUCUGAAAUACAUAAAUAUUGCAAUGGUGACAAUUCUGAAGAAUGUGACAAAUAUUUUAACAGCAAUUGGAGAAUUUUAUCUUUUCCGGAAGCGUCAGAAUCACAAAGUGUGGACUGCGAUGUUUCUUAUGAUAACAUCUGCCAUAAGUGGAGGAGUAACAGAUCUCUCAUUUGAUCCCACGGGUUAUGCGUGGCAAACUUUGAACUGCAUUUUAACUGCAAGUUACUCGCUCACUUUGCGACGAGUUAUGGACAGAGCUAAGCAAUUGACAAAAUCUGGAUCACUUAAUGAAGUUUCGAUGGUGUUACUAAACAAUUCAUUAUCUUUACCAUUUGCAGUCUUGUUGAUUCUUGUGUUCAAUGAAUGGGAUUAUGUAAUUAACGCGAAUGUUGUAAGGAUGCCAAUGUUUUGGGUUGUUGCGACAGCUAGUGGGCUGCUUGGACUUGCUAUCAGCUUCAGCUCUAUGUGGUUUUUAAAUCAAACUAGUCCUACGACUUACAGUCUGGUCGGUUCCUUAAACAAGAUUCCUAUUUCUAUCGCUGGAAUCAUAGUUUUCAGGGUUCCUGUCAAUUUUCCCAAUUUCUUCAGCAUACUAUUUGGUUUAUUUGCUGGAAUAUUUUUUGCCAGGGCAAAGAUGUCGUAAUACUUAACAGGCCAAUGGGAAGAUGAAAACUUCUGGGAGAGUUUACAGAGUUUCCCAUAAUCAAACAAAAAGUUGGAGUUAUUGUCCCAAAAAAAAAAAAAAAAUUCAAAUUAUAACUGAGAGAUGAGCAAGUGCAACGCCUCAAUAUAUAGCAAAGCUAAUUUAUUACUCUAGAAGCACUAGGCAACUUAAAAAAUUUUUUUUCUAGGGCGGAAUUUAGAAAGAAAGCUGUUCUCGUAAUCAUCAGUUUACUAGUCUUCAGCACAUUCUCUAAACAAAGGUUUAAAAUUCAUCCCUGAUCGAGUAAUUCUACCUUCCGUUUACU